AUGUCGGUGGCUCACCGAGGGAGCAAGUACGGUCAGGUCUAUCAUUAUGCUGCGACACCAGCGGGCGAGGCUGAGACACCGCUUAUUGGCUGGCUCUCUGAGCGAGCGCCACUCGUCGUCACAGGCGCCAAAAAACAGCUCAAACUCUUUGGACAUGUGUACCAAGCACACGUCUUGAUGGAAAAGCCAACGGCACCAGCCAAUGGCGAGGAGAGGAGCACGCUCCGUAGUAGCCGUUAUAGCGCAAGAGAAGGAUCCAACGGUAACGAUGGAAUAAGUAAGCUAGUGGGCAAGUCCCCAUCUAUUCCGCCCGGCCGUGACCGACCGAAGUCAACUAACGUGACCACGGCCGUGUUCAAAGCGUACUGGUACUGGUACUGGGAUUGGGACUGGGCUCGAAGGCCAGGCCAGGCCACUCUAAAAAGGACAGGUCCCUCCCGGACAGGCUCCGGGAUCCCUGAUUGGCUGGGCCCGUCAUGUUCUGCAAUCCACCCCAAGACCCGUCACUCUGGAUCGGCGGGCAUUCUUGCCCGUUUGCCCUGGGCAUUGGCAGACGAGGCAGGCCAUGGACGGGGGAAGCGGAAAGCAGAGUUGUGCAGUUUCUGCCAAUUCUUCAAAACAAAGGGACGCCGCCACCGGUCUCUUCAUGCGCCAGCGACUUGGCAUCCUGUACACAACAAACAGAUGGCACCAAUGAAGCCGCCAGAUUCUUUAUUCCGCAUCUCACACCUUUCCCUUAGUGACAAUAAAGUGCCGUCCGAGCCAUGCCUCGCCGCCCGUCACCAGAUCGCUGCCAGUUCUGCCGACGGAGAAAGAAAAAGCAAAGCGAAAAUCGAAUGUGUUUACGCCAUACCGGCACCGCCUUCCACCGAUGCGAAUGCACAAUCUGGAAAGCAAAAGUCGAUAAAGCCAAGGGUACCGAAACCAAACAAGUCGACCGAUGCGCCGCAACGGAGCGAUGGCACGCGCAACGUCUUUGGAGGGAUGCUCGAGACGACAGGAAGCAAGGAAAGCGCCUUGGCUACCAAGAAUACAUCAUCGUUAUUGCGCCAGGAACCUAAUGUCGAGGGGGGAUCCCAAGGCCCCGAGCAUCCUACACAAAGCAUCGAAUCAACAGCAUUCCAACGAGCUUUCUCAACCAGUGACGCGGAAGAUCUCUCCGACGGCUCAUCCUCGCCGCGACCUCGCCCAUACGUCUCGCCCCAUAUAGACUGGCCGCAAGCCCGCGUCCUGCGCGUUCUCGACAACAUCCUGCAGUGGGACUGCGUCGCCUUUUGCCUCAUCGACCGCGAACGCUUCAAGCGCGAUCUACAGACGGGCGCCAGCGCGUACUGCACGCCCGCGCUCGUCGACGCGCUGCUGGCCCUGUCCGUCGUCGUCUUCCGGCACAACGUCAUUGACGAGGUCGCUAACCGCGCGACGGAAAAGCCGGCCUGGGACGUUUUCAGCGCCACGCUCGCCAACGAGGCAAUUCAGACCCUGCACCGCGGCAAGUGGCUUCCCGAGGCGAUCCCGGACAUACAGGCACUCGGCGUGCUGACGCUGUACUGUGCGUGCAACGGUUGGAAGGACGAGACGCGCAACUUUGCCAUGGACUUUGCCGAGGCGAUGCGGAAAUAUCGCGUACAAAAUGCAGGGUCAACGGGCACGCCGAUGAGCAGGCGGCGGGUGUCGGCUAGCACAUACUGCGGCGCGAUAUCAAUGAAUCGCGUGUUGGUUCAAAUAUCGAGAUAUAGACCGGGUGGGCCCAUAGACUCGCAAGAAACAACCGCCAAGCACCCCAACUCCAUUGGGGGAGGCACUUGCGAUAGCCAGAGCUGGACAGACCAUUUAUUACGACCAACACUCGCCAACGAAUUCGUUGCGGGCGAUUCCGAGCUGCGCGGAGACGACAUAUACCUGGUUGCAGCAGAGCUCUAUCAGUUAAUAGAGCAAGUCUUCAAGACUUGCUGCGUGCUGGAGAAGGACAGAACCUUUGCCGAAGCCACGGCUACAUAUAUCAAGGGCCUCGAGUGGUAUCAAAGCUUUUUCAAAUACUCCGAGGCCUACACGGGCCGCGAGCCCCUGAUUCUCUUUGUACACACAUAUUACCACUUUUGCAUCCUCGCCUUGUUCACGCCCUACAUGAUGGACCAGACCGUGGUGGGCAACGGCGGGAGCCCGCCGGGCAAGAUAUGCGAAGAGGCAGCCAACAUCAUCCUCAAGCUGAUGAACCACCACGACUCGUUAGCGGGCGAUGCGGAACCUGUCGGGUUUAUGCGCUCUUUCAAGAAUGCCUCGCUCGAGUUUUUGGAGGUGUAUGGACGACUUCAAUAG